AACACAGAUUCAUUAGAGAAACAAACAAAACCUAACGUUGCGUUAACCUAACAUUAGGUAGCGGAAUAGUCGUUAAAAUUACUAAAUCAUGUCAACAAGCGCCGGAGAUGGAGAAGAAUGUGUGACAGUAUUUGCCAACAUACCAGAUACUACCACCGCAGACGAUAUGGCUGAAGCAUUGAUAGUGAGAGGCAUGGCAGCUAGUGUUAGCAUCAUUCCAGAAGUGAAAACUUUCAAGGCGAGCCGAAAACAUGGUGUGAAAGAAAAACCUGAGUGUAUCAUGAUGAUCAAGACUAGAAAAACUUUGGUAAACAAAGUAACGGACUUCAUAACGCUAAACUGCCCAUAUAAAGAUGAUAAAGUGGAUGUAACGGCCGUAAACAUAGAGAAUGGAAAUCCGCAAUAUUUGAAGUGGGUUUAUGAAAAAUCAGAUUUCAAAUCAUGAAAUAACAUCAUUUAGCAAUAGGUACCUACUUACACAAUGCGCA